AUGUCGCAUUCGACUGCCUCUGAUACUUCAGACGAUCUACCCCCGCUAAAACAGGCAUCAUACACGAUCGACUCGGACGAUGAAGAUGCAUCCAACACCCACAUUCUUCGAAAGCUGAAUGACUGGCCAAGGACACCUCCGCAAGUUCUCGAUGAUGAGCAACUCGCGAAGCUUUUUGAUGCCAUCAUUAAGUAUAGCUUUACAACUCCGCCAGCGGACCCUGCGUGGACUGCUAUGGCGCAGAGCAAUAAAUUCAAAGACCAUGCUCUCGAGCUGGCACUUAUCAUUGAGCCGACUUUGAAGAGGUGGCUGCAAAGGUGUUGGAAGACUGGCGACUUUACGAUCAUUAGGGGUGCCGCUCGCACCUCAGCCUUUCUAAGCAAAGAACCGCCGACAAAGCGUGCGCCUACUAAUAUUAAUACGGGGGCGACCGUCGACAAAUCGAAACUCAUCACACUUGAUAUGGCCUGGAAAACUCCCUACCAAGGCGAUUACCACAGGCAGCUCUAUGAAAUGAUCUGUGCAAUGAAGACCGAGGGCGACACGAAAGACUAUUCGAACACGGCUUCCAUCAUUCAAAGCUCGGGGUGCGGAAAGUCGCGCAUUGUCGACGAGCAAGCAGAUCUUGUUUUUACGAUCCCACUGAACCUUUGGGGUGCUAACAAACCGACGCAGCUCUCUUAUCCACCACCCGAUACUGCAAUCCGCCAUGCGCUCGUUCUUCCGCUUCAAGACGAAACUCGCCAACAACUGCGCUAUCAUACGUUCUUCCUUUGUCUCUUCGCGUCUACCAGGAAAGUAGUAGAUGGUAUGAUCAAAGAAACACCUACGAUGACUUACGACGAGCUAGCGCACCAGUGGAGGAUGCAUCUGUGGCCCAGCAGCGCGGGAGGAAAAAUGCAGAGCUGUCGUGACGAAUUCCAUGGUGGUGUAGUCCGUGGCGUUGAGAUCGAAGAGGCGUCCCUCAAACGCGAGGUAUUGAGGGAGGCGAGGGCAGUGAUACCCGGAGAAACCAUGAGCGAAACUGAAAACGACUUAUCCGAUGCGGCAAUCUCGUUAGCGGCGCUUCUGUGUGCUGAGAAGCGUGCUGGCGCAGAGCUCGACAACCUCCUGAAGUCUCUCGAGACAGUUUGGGAUCCCACGAGACCAAAUCGUUCCGUGAAGCUGGUCGUCUACUUUGACGAAGCUCAUGAGCUGACGAAGACGCAAGUCACCAAGUCAUCUCCCUCUAUAACGCUCUACGAUGUUCUGCUUUCUGUUUUGAACGAGCACGUCACUAAGCCCUUCUUCGUCUUGUUCUUGUCCACAUCAUUCGAUGUCGCCCGCUUUGCUCCAUCUCCGACUGCGAUGUUUGGUUCAUCUCGUGCUUUUCAGAGCGACGCUCAUCAUGCUCCGAUCACGGAAACUCCGUUCGACUGCUAUCCCAAGCUCCUCAUAGAGCCAGACACCUACACUCUCCGAGACGUUUUAAGUAUCUCGUUCAUGGCCAAGUUCGGUCGCCCGCUCUUCUGGACCAUGCUCCAUAAUCUCACAGACGAUGAUCUGACCAAGCUGACCAAAAACAUCGUAGAGCUCGCCCGAAGGAAACUCCUCGGUCCCAUUGUAGAUCUCAAUGCCCGUCCCGAAAGCUUUGGGGAUACCGCACGACUUGCUAUUAUUGACGUUCGGCUCUGUCUUGCUUACGACCCGCUCAACACUCGGCUCGUCUUCGAUAAAACGUCUGAACUGGUUGCUCACCAUAUGCGGCUGGCUUACUCUGUUCCGAAACACGGCGUCUACUUCCGUUCAGGAUAUUCUAGCGAGCCCAUCCUUGCCGAGGCUGCGACCGUGCAACUCAAUGCCUGGCGAAAAUCAAAUAGUGCGAUUAUGAUCGACACAUUGAACCACCAUAUGAGCUCGGGCCUUCUGGAUCGAAGCGAACGUACCGAGGUCGUAGCUCGUGCAUUGAUCACCGAAGCAUACGACCGUGCUACUCUGCGAUGCCGCAAGGACGCCGGAUCCCCAUUAUCGUUUGGAUGUGGAGCCGUUGAAUUUAUUGAGGAACUCUACAGAGACCACGGCACGAUUACCGAGGCUCACCCGGACAAUGUCUCAGGAGGCGUCACUUUCCGCGAGGCGUUCAAGCACGCUCGACUACGGAUCACGCAAUGGGUUCGUGUCGAGGACGAUCAUGAGCUGAGCACGGAAAGCAUGGCGGCGGCCUUCAUUCGAGGAUAUGCGUUCAUCUGCCGGCGCGGGGCGUCGUUCGUUGAUCUCGUAGUUCCCCUGUUACUGUGGGACAAAAAGAUUGGGGAGUUAUCAUAUCAAUGCUGGGACCUCGGAUUCUUUCCUCGAUCCGACUCCGACGCGAACACGUUCAUGGAGAGGGCGGCGAAACGUCCAUACAUCACUAUCGUCAUGGACCUUGGUUCACAGAAUUCCCUUCCUGAAUACGCCCGAUUCCCUGCUAAGGCAUCAGAUCAGAAGGCGACAGAGGCUGUCCAGAAUACGAACGUUCAGAGGACAAAGUCGACGCCACGAAACACCCAUCCGCGCUAUGCGAUCCUCGCGACAGGCUGCUCAGACACGGUGUACGCCGUGAUCCACCGGGACCAUCGAACGAAGUGGCAACUUUUACUUCAUCAAGACAACCUUCUGGGCGGUCAUCCGCGCCCACACAGCAUCCCUAGCGUGCGAAAUAUGAAGCCGUUCUGGUCUUUCGGUCCAGAAAGUUAUGCGUGGUACAAGAGCGCGGUCCUAAACCGAAAACUUGAAGCGCACGAACCCGGAUCGGGCAAAGAGGACCAGGGUACUUUAUGCGUUCCGAUGUACGAAGAGACUGUGGACGAUACGAGCGAAGGAGGUGGGUAUAGGUUGGGCUGGGAGGCAGGCGAGGAUUACGGUUGGUGUUGA